AUGGGUACAUCGGGUGUGCACCACUUUAUCCCACAGCUGCCAUAUCGCUGUGCACUCUUGCCACCUACUGUCAAAUCCAUCGGUCAUACACCCUAUCGACCGUACCUUAACGCACAAUUUUCAGCCGCUUAUGACAUCUAUUUAGAAAUCCUUCACCGCAUGAAACAGUGUCAUUGUGCAGCACUCAAUCAUGACACACUGAAUUGGCGCAUGCUCAAUUCUUGCCCAGCUUGCUUCUAUAAAUUAGAGGAUGAGCCAGUGGUUGAAUUUGAUUGGCUGGUAUCGAUCAAUGGCAACAAUAGUUUGAAGUGCUGGAACUCUACAAUUUACGGCUCAAACCCACACAUUGAUUCUUGCAAGGCAUGUUCUGAUUAUUGGAUUGAUACCUGCGACGUAGACAGGUUCAAGGAUGAAGUCCAAACACGCGAGAGGGACACAAAUGACGAUAACUGGGAGGACGAAAUGAUCGCAGCUGAAGGCACUACCCCAGCAUUCAGUUGUGUCAACCGAUGGCGCAAUGCUGGUCCAGAGACUCGAAAAAAAAUGUUUUCAGUGUUUGAUGAAUCUGGGAUAUUUAUUGCAGCGUGCUGUCAUAGAUUUGUCAUUCUAGCUUGCAACAUGAUAUGGAGCAGAGAAUUAGCAAAAUACCUGCUAGCCAUAAUUGACAAGCUCCUCACCAUAUACGGAAAAAAUGGCGGCUGCGCUUAUGAUAUUGGAUGCACAUUUUCAAAGACACUGACCAACAGUUCUUUGGGUAUGCGAGUGUGCGAGUUAGACUUUCAUCUCAUGGUGGGUGUGUUCCACAGACACGCCCAUAACUGUAAGUGCCAGCUAGACUGGCAUCCCAUGUACAUUCCCGGAACCGGACACACCGAGGGCGAAGGGUGCGAGCAUAUCUUCUCAUCAUCAAACAAGCUUGCUUGUAGUACGAGACACGCAAGUCCAUUCCACCGGUGUCAGACUAUCGAGGAACAUUUCUCAUUCUGGGACACCGACAAGUACACGACCCUUAGCAAUUUCAUUUGGAAUCACUACCAUGAGGUGCUAAACUCUAUUCAGACGCUUACUGCUGAACUAGCUGUCAUCAAAGCCGAGCUGAGUCUUACUGAUGACAAUCUUGUUCAAUUUCUCAAAGACGAGCAUGAUUAUCUUGACGGAUUGAAGCUGCCACCUUCCGAGACCAACUCUGCAUAUGCUAUGUUGAAGUUCUCGACGAGCUCACUCAAUGACAGUAAUUUACAGGAGAUCAACAAUGCCCUUGCCCAAGCCCGGAUUUGUGUUGACUCUUCCUAUGUGAAGUUACAGCAUGCUGAAGGGCUUGUCAUGCAUAUCGAGACACAAUUGGCUGUGGAUCAGCAGUGGGAGAUUGGUGGGCCAGAGUGCCGACAUUUUAAGGAGGAGGUGUCCCUGGGUAAGUACCACACUGCCCUAGACAAGCUCGAGCGUUUCGUGGUGAUGAGGUUAUUUGAACUCUCCAAACUCUCACUAUUGGGCACAGGGUACAAGCUACGCCAGCAGCUAGGCAAGGCUCUACAACGUCGUUCAGAUGCCAUCCGUAAUGCUAUUAAUCACUACAACACACAGGCCGCAGCCCUAAAUCCACCCCGUUCCAAGAUCUCUUGGAAGGACAUCGCUGAUUAUGGUUUUGUAGCUGAAUUCGAUCUUCUGCGAUAUUCUCGCAAUGAUAUUCAAAGCAGCACUUGGUCAAAGCCAGGACAUCAAGAAGCAACCACUAAAUUCUUCAAACUUUGUCGAGCACGCGAAGAAAUCACUAGACUCAACGUUGAAGUCCGCCGCUUGUGCACUGCCAUUCACGAUGAAGAACGUCAUAUGCUUACUGUCAUACAGAAACUUCAGGUUUCAGAUCCACACCUAGGCUGCGAGCUGCAACGCCAACAUCAUUCACAUGUGGCUAUCAAUGCAAUGCAUUGCUACUGCUUGAAUCGCAUUGAGAGUCUCACAGGCUUUUCUGGAGUCAGGGGUGUUGGUGUCUGCGCUGACCGCACUGCUGACCAUGGUAUGUUUGAAUAG